AAACUCCUGACAUUAACCAAUGACAACUGUCUAGCCAGCUAGCACCGUCGAACACCUCUUCUGUAUAUAUGAAUCUAAAUUGUUUCCAAACUCUCAAAAUAACGUUUAAGUAGAUAUUUAAUAUUGAGUUUGUCGAUAAUUUUGCUGAAUUUGAACAAUAAAUUAUCUGGCAAUCAAGCUAGCUAUAGUUAAUUGUUAACACCAUACGGUAGCUAGCGUUUUUGUUUACUAAACGUGAAUGUUUUCACGUUAAAUAAUGUCUGGACCAAACGGAGAUCCACACAUCUCAAUUGACGAUGGUAUCAACGACGACGAAGAGUUUGACGCCAUCAACUCCACGCUAGACCAGAUUAACUCUUAUCUCGAUGACCUGGAAGAUCGGAAUGAUUCACUUAAUGGCAAACUGAACGAACUAAUGGAGUCAAACAAGCAAGCCAGGCUGGAGUUCAGGGCCCAACGUCUCGGCUCCCAGACCCAAGAGGAGCAAUGUCCUGUAGACGGGGAUUCCUCCUCAAGCAGCAAGGAAGACCUGAAUAAAGACAAUGGGGAUUGCAAAUGAGUGAGGGGCGCUGAGUUAAUCAAAAAUACAGGGAUGAAAGUAUUUAGUUGACUCAACUCCUUACUUCUGUCUGUUGGACUAAUGAUCCCUGAUCUGCAUAGUUCAUGCCUAUCCAAUUCAUCUUCUCCUCCAUCGGCAGAUGUGACAUUUUGCUUGUCCUCCGUCCCCUCAUGUCUUUCUCCUUUGUUGAACUGUGAUGUGCUGAUGUUUGGUUCCUCAGCAGAUUUAAAUUGGUUGAGCUCUAGCAGCGUACAAGUUGCUCACCUGGAACUAUUUCAGUGAAAUCAAAGUUGCAUGUGUUGAUUGUUGUCUGUGAACCUUGUUCAAAGUGGGACAUCCAACGCUGAUGCGCUGUAAUUUAACUGACAGUAACCAGUAUAACAUUCCUCAAGAGUAGACCAUGCUCUUAAGUAGUCUGCAUGGCCAAAUAGGGGUCAUAGUUAAACUUAUUUGCCGUGUGCUGAUCCAUUUGGUGUCAAAGUUCAGCUUUGUAAUAGCCCUAGACUCUGUUCCUGUUUGAUUCAUCAUAAAAAGUAAAUAUGCAAUGCUAGAAAGGUCUACCAGUGUAUAAAGUUUGAUCUGCAGCAUGACUGUAAAUAUA